GAGAAGGAGGGGUUCCCUAGCGUGAGCUCGCCCAUUUAACGCUCCCUCUUGGUGUAGGUAGAUCCCUCGGCCUCUGUUGUCUGAGCCCAGCGGAGGAAGCCCCAUCCAGAAACUCAACAUGUCUAUUUGCAAGGUCCAGGCAAGAGAGAUCUUUGACUCUCGUGGAAACCCCACUGUUGAAGUUGAUCUCUACACUGAAAAAGGUCUCUUCCGAGCUGCUGUGCCCAGCGGUGCUUCUACUGGUAUCCAUGAAGCCCUGGAACUCCGAGACAAUGACAAGACCCGCUACAUGGGGAAAGGUGUCUCAAAAGCGGUUGAGCACAUCAAUAAAACUAUUGCCCCGACCCUGGUUAGCAAGAAACUGAAUGUUGUGGAGCAGGAAAAGAUCGACAAAUUGAUGAUAGAGAUGGACGGCACUGAGAAUAAAUCUAAAUUUGGUGCAAAUGCCAUAUUGGGAGUGUCUCUGGCUGUUUGUAAGGCUGGAGCUGCUGAGAAAGGUGUCUCCCUGUUCCGCCAUAUUGCUGACCUUGCUGGCAAUGAUGAAGUCAUUCUGCCCGUUCCAGCCUUCAACGUGAUCAACGGUGGCUCCCAUGCUGGUAACAAGCUGGCAAUGCAGGAGUUCAUGAUCCUCCCUGUAGGAGCAGCAAACUUUAAGGAGGCCAUGCGCAUUGGAGCGGAGGUCUACCACAACCUGAAGAGUGUGAUUAAGCAGAAAUAUGGACAGGACGCCACCAACGUAGGGGAUGAGGGUGGCUUUGCUCCUAACAUCCUGGAGAAUAAGGAAGCUCUGGAGCUGCUAAAGAAUGCUAUUGGUAAGGCUGGCUAUACUGAUAAGGUCGUAAUUGGCAUGGAUGUUGCCGCCUCAGAAUUCUUCCGAUCUGGGAAAUAUGACUUGGACUUCAAGUCUCCUGAUGAUGCCAGCAGAUACAUCUCCCCUUCUGAGCUGGGGGACAUCUACAAGAGCUUCAUCAAGGACUAUCCAGUGGUGUCUAUUGAAGAUCCCUUUGACCAGGACGAUUGGGAAGCUUGGAAGAAUUUCACUGCUACUGCGGGCAUCCAGGUGGUAGGGGAUGAUCUCACCGUGACCAAUCCCAAGCGCAUCGAAAAGGCUGUGAAUGAGAAAGCCUGCAACUGCCUCCUACUCAAAGUGAACCAGAUUGGCUCUGUGACCGAAUCUCUCCAGGCGUGCAAGCUGGCCCAGUCCAAUGGGUGGGGAGUAAUGGUUUCCCAUCGUUCUGGGGAGACUGAAGAUACCUUCAUUGCAGACCUGGUGGUGGGUCUCUGCACUGGGCAGAUCAAGACUGGUGCCCCCUGCCGAUCUGAGCGUCUGGCCAAGUAUAACCAGCUUCUCAGAAUUGAGGAAGAACUGGGCAGCAAAGCUAAAUUUGCUGGAAGGAACUUCAGAAACCCUCGGGCCAAGUAAGCUCUGUGGCCAGGAAGCCUCGGAGCUCACAGGCGCCAUCGCCCCUGUAGAUGUCUGCUUCUGUCCUGAGAAUGGGCAGCACCAAGUACUAGACCAGUUUUGUUUUGGGGAUGGGGGCCUCGGCUGCUUAACUUCCCUCUCCUCUCCACCUUUCUGUGAUGUUCUCACUGCUUCGUUAGAACUGUCUUAGCAGAAACUACCUGAUCAUCUGGCGCUUGGUCAGAAAACCCUGAUCAUCUUGUGACUGGGAUAGAAUGACCUGUUCUCACCCCCAACCCCAGUGCUGAUGUGUGGAGCCAUGUACCUGGGAUGCAGCCCCGACGAGCCCACAGGCCAGAUCUCUAGUGGCUUCUAUGUGCAGAAUAAAAGUAUUCAGUGACCCACUGGAAAA